UAUAAGUUAUUUAGUUUCUAAAUUUGUCGUAUUAUUUCCUACCCAUUAUCAUCGAACGCUCAAUCGUCUCAACUCCCGACUAUACGAAAUUUAGUCUAUUAUUAUUAUUGCUACCAAUUAUAUCGUGUACAUUUGUAUUUAUAAUAUAUAUAUAUAUAAAUAUUAUAAUUCAAUUGUUGCGUUAUCACGUCGUAGGCCGUCGUCAAGAAUUCUUCAGAUCAACAGGAAAUACCAAUUAUUCUGCGAUAGUUUUUUUCCAUUUCUGGUUUUUUUUUUUUUUGUUCAUUCAAGUCUGCCGGUUUUUGUUACGUCAUCGAUUGCUGCUCCUGUUCUGGUGUACCGGUACCAAGGACGCCUUGAUACUCCUCUUCCGCGCGAAAUAAAAAAAAACAUUUUUUCGCUCAUCUCGCGGGUGCGAUCGCGGCCCAACGAUCGGCUGUACUACUGUGAAAGGGACGUCUAUAACAACAUAAAAAAAAACAAUGGUUGACACAGCCGAGGCUACCAGACGGUUGAACGUCAAGAAGCAAACAUUGGAUGAUGCGUAUGCGGCUCCAGCCAAUUUUUUAGAAAUUGAUAUACUGAACCCGAUAACUCACGGUGUGGCUAAAAAACGAUACACUGACUAUGAAGUUCGCAUGCGAACAAACCUACCAGUGUUUAAGGUCAAAGAAUCCAGUGUCCGUAGACGUUACAGUGAUUUUGAAUGGUUGCGCAAUGAACUAGAACGAGACAGUAAGAUUGUUGUACCUCCUUUACCUGGUAAAGCAUGGAAAAGACAAAUGCCGUUCCGAAAUGAUGAUGGUAUAUUUGAAGAAGAAUUUAUUGAAGAACGGCGAAAAGGCCUUGAAGUUUUUAUAAACAAAAUUGCUGGCCAUCCAUUGGCACAAAAUGAAAGAUGUUUACACAUAUUCCUACAAGAACCAGUAAUUGAUAAAAGUUAUGUGCCGGGUAAAAUCAGAAAUACUUAAGUUAGGGUUAGUCAACAUCUCCACCGAUUAUGCCUCUAAAUGUUAUUUUUAUUUCGCCAAUGAAUUCUACAUAAUUUUCGAAUCAUUUGUUUGUUCCAACAAUACCCUAAAAUAGAUAUCUUUUUUAUUGGCAAUUAUUAAUAUUUUUAAUAAUUUUUAUUGUCAUUUAUAUUUUAUUUUUAUUUUUAAAAAUCUCAUUGUACUCAAACGUUUAUUUUAGAAUUAUGUUACAAUAUCCCUAAAUGGAACUAUGUUAUUUUAGUGUCUGAAUUACAGGUAUGUUUAUUGUUUAUUGGUUAUUAAUAUAUUUUAAUAUAAGUUUAGAAACAUACCUAAUAAAUUUAAUUAUGAAUGGAUAUAUAUAUAACAUAUAAUAUUAUUAUUGUAUUUAAAAAAUUAUAAAAAAAUAAAUAAAUCAUUUAUAUUAUAUAAAAUAUUUUUGCUAUUAA